AUGUCACUCAAACAAAUCGUUGGGCAUAAAUUGCUCAACGAUGUGAUCCGACCAUUAAAAAAGGCAGAAGGCCGUGGUGCCUGGAAUGUUUUGAUUGUGGAUACUCUCGCGAUGCGUAUGCUUUCCUCAUGUUGUAAAAUGCAUAAUAUUAUGGAAGAAGGAAUUACGAUUGUGGAAGAUUUGAACAAAAGACGAGAGCCUUUGCCGACACUCGAAGCCAUUUAUCUGAUUGCACCAACCGCCGAGUCUGUGGAUAAACUGAUUCAAGACUAUUGCGUGAGGAAUCAGUACAAAUGUGCUCAUGUGUUUUUCACUGAAGCUUGUUCGGAUCAACUAUUUUCGACUUUGUCCAAAAGUGCAGCUGCAAGAUUUAUCAAAACACUGAAAGAGAUUAAUAUUGCAUUCACACCUUAUGAAAGUCAGGUUUUCAAUUUGGACUCUCCGGAUACUUUUUUCCUGUAUUAUAACGCUCAAAAGCAAGGUGGAUUAUCAUCAAAUCUCGAGAGAAUUGCCGAACAGAUUGCCACUGUUUGCGCCACCCUUGGAGAAUAUCCAUCUCUGAGAUAUCGUGCGGACUUUGAGAGAAAUGUCGAGCUUGGACAUCUUGUUGAGCAGAAGCUGGACGCCUACAAGGCUGACGACCCGUCAAUGGGAGAAGGAGCUGACAAGGCACGCAGUCAACUCAUCAUCAUUGACAGAGGAUACGACGCCAUCACUCCGCUUCUCCACGAGCUCACUCUUCAAGCAAUGUGCUACGAUCUUCUUGGUAUCGAGAAUGACGUCUACAAGUACGAGACAGGAGGUAGUGAGAACUUGGAAAAAGAGGUGUUGCUCGAUGAGAACGACGAGUUGUGGGUGGAAAUGAGGCAUAGACAUAUUGCCGUUGUUUCGCAAGAAGUCACGAAGAACUUGAAGAAAUUCAGUGAAAGCAAGGGAAACAAGGGAAACAUGGACUCCAAAUCGAUCAAGGAUUUGUCGAUGCUCAUCAAGAAAAUGCCACAGCACAAGAAGGAAUUGAACAAGUUCAGUACCCACAUCAGUUUGGCAGAGGAGUGCAUGAAGCAGUACCAACAAGGAGUUGAUAAGUUGUGUAAGGUUGAACAGGACUUGAGUACUGGAUCAGAUGCGGAAGGAGAGCGAGUGAGAGAUGCAAUGAAACUGAUGGUCCCACUCUUGAUCGACCCAGCCGUGAGAUGCGAGGACCGUCUUCGAUUGAUCCUUCUUUACAUCAUCUCUAAGAAUGGAAUCACUGACGAGAACUUGAACAAACUCUUGCAACAUGCAAAUAUCUCAAUGGCUGAUAAGGAAACCAUCACCAAUGCUGCCUAUCUUGGACUGAAUAUUGUUACUGAUACCGGCCGUAAGAAGACCUGGACGCCUACAAAGAAGGAGCGACCACACGAGCAGGUUUAUCAGUCGUCUCGAUGGGUCCCGGUCAUCAAGGAUAUUAUCGAGGAUGCUAUCGAUGAGCGUUUGGAUACAAAGCAUUUCCCAUUCCUUGCUGGAAGACAAGUCAAUCAGGGAUACAGAGCCCCAGCAUCCGCUCGUUACGGUCAAUGGCACAAGGAACGCGGACAACAAUCCAACUACCGUAGUGGUCCACGACUGAUCAUCUUCAUCAUCGGAGGUGUCACCUUCUCCGAGAUGCGAGCAGCCUACGAAGUGACUGCUGCCCGGAAACCAUGGGAAGUCAUUAUUGGUUCCGAUCGGAUAAUCACACCUGACAAGUUCUUGACAAACUUGCGUGAUUUGAAUAAGCCACGUGACAUAUGA